CCCAGUGACAUUCCUAAACUAGUAGCAGCACUUCUUCCUUGCUACUAGUACUUUUCUUCUUCUUCUUCUAUUGCUGCGGUUUCUCAAACUAACAGCACAACCUAAUUCAGGUUGUUCUUUCUAUUCCUAGCUUCACCUCAGUUCAUUCCCAAAGUAGCUAUGAAAAAUCACAUUCUCUUCCUGUUCCUUCUAAUUGCACUUGCCCUCACUUUCUCCCACCGCUUUCAACCUCACGCUGCUCCUGCAGGGCCCUUGAUUAAGCAUCUGUCUUCAAUCAUCAAAUGGACAAGGUCUACCUCCAAGACGCCACAUUCAGAUGGGAAUGUUCUUCAAUUUGAAAAUGGUUACGUGGUUGAGACUGUGGUAGAAGGGAACGAGAUUGGGGUCAUCCCUCAUAGGAUCCGUGUUUCUGAGGAGGAUGGUGAACUCUUUGCAGUUGAUGCAAUUAAUAGCAACAUUGUUCGGAUAACUCCGCCGUUGUCCCAAUAUAGUAGAGGAAGAUUGGUGGCAGGGUCAUUUCAGGGAUACACUGGUCAUGUGGAUGGAAAACCAAGUGAUGCUCGUUUCAAUCAUCCCAAAGGCAUAACCGUGGAUGAUAAGGGGAAUGUUUAUGUUGCUGAUACUCAGAAUCUUGCGAUCAGAAAGAUUGGAGAUUCUGGUGUGACGACCAUUGCUGGAGGAAAAUCAAAUGUCGCAGGGUACAGAGAUGGGCCUAGUGAGGAUGCUAAGUUCUCGAAUGAUUUUGAUGUAGUAUAUGUUCGACCCACCUGUUCCUUGUUGGUCAUUGAUAGAGGAAAUGCUGCUCUUCGGCAAAUCUCUCUUGACCAGGAAGACUGUGAUUAUCAGUCUAAUUCAAUUUCCAGUACAGAUAUCCUUACAGUUGUUGGUGCUGUUAUAGUAGGAUAUGCUACAUGUAUGCUUCAGCAGGGAUUUGGAUCCUCUUUCUUCUCAAAAACAAGACCGUCAGAAAGAGAGUUUAAAGGACCAGCAAGCAAUGAGAAACACAUGCCAAUCCUGGAGAGCAGUAAAGAGGAGCCGGGAUGGCCGUCUUUCGGACAGCUCAUUGUUGAUCUUUCUAAGCUUUCCCUUGAAGCAUUAGCUGGUGCAUUCACUCAAUUUAUACCUUCACAUUUCAGACCAGGCAUCUCCAAGAGAGGCUUAACACCGCUGAAAGAUCGUCUUGUAAUGCCUGAAGAUGAAGCACAGCCUCCGUUGAUCAACCGGCAAAAUGCUCAAGGGCAUACACCUCUUACCAAAAAUCAGCUGCCAUCACAGCUCCAAACUCCUCUUAGUGAUAGUCGGAUGGCAUCACAUGUUCAUACUUCUCUUAUCGAUAAUCGACUGGCACCAAAUGUCCAUACUCCAAGCACAGCAGAGAAAUAUUCAGAAAUGAAGCCCCCCAAGAUAAAAUCAAGCAGUUUCAAGGACCCUUCUCUGUCAAGCAAGCACAGAUCAUCAAAACGACCCGAUUAUGCCGAGUUCUAUGGAUCUACUGAGAUUCCUCCAUAUACCAAAUCUAAGAGCCAGAAAGAAAGGCCAAGACAUAGGCAACGAGAAAAGAGUGGAGAAUUUGUUAUGGGGGCAGUUGGAACUGAGGCUAAAGCUGUUGAAACAAGGGCUGUUGAUCAUAAUAAUCCAAAGUUUGACCAUUACAGUAUGAGGACUAAGUAUGCUUCUGAGGAGACCUUCCGAUUCAACUCCAAGUAAAAAAGUUUUGUAUGAUUUAUUUUCACUAGUAUUCUGUUCUCCAUUGGACCAUUAUAUUGAAUAUCUGCACCUACAUCUGUUUUAAGUUUGUCUAUACUUGAAGCUGUAUUAUAAGAAAAUACUAUUUGCUUAGUGAAUCAUGCGGGUGGGAGGAUUAAUUUUGACCCAUUUGCUGAACAAUUUGUGAAAAAAUUAGCAUCCCCACAAAGUUGUUCAGCUUCAAGGAGAUUGCUCCCUUUUAACAUUGUAGAUGAUCGAAUUACAGUGUGUUUGGUA